UGUUAUUUGGUGUUCACCCAGUGCAUCCAGGAAGUGAACAGGAAGUCUGGAGUAGUUCGUAAACCCACGAUUUUCUUCAGUCUUAACUGUAGUGAUAUAAAUCAGUAUCAACCCUUAUUAAGGGUUAUCUAAAAUCUAAAUCAAAACCAGAGACAUGGUAGCCAUUGUGCAACCGCGGUACGAUGCGUGGCAGACAAGUGGCGGAAAUAUGACCGUCGUGGAUAAGGUACUGCCAGAGAUCUUACACAUGGUUCACCCGCACUGGAACCAGUUCCCGCCGAUGAACCCGCUGUGGCACUCGCUUUUGGGAUUCGCCAUCUUCGCCUUGGCCGUAGUGUCCGUAAUGGGAAAUGGUUGUGUGAUGUACAUCUUUUCCAACACCAAAGCACUCCGAACCCCAUCCAACCUGCUAGUGGUCAAUCUAGCCUUCUCGGAUUUCUUCAUGAUGUUUACGAUGGGACCGCCCAUGGUUGUGAACUGCUAUCACGAAACGUGGUACUUCAGUGCAUUCGCUUGUGAAGUCUACGCUAUGCUGGGAUCACUAUUCGGCUGUGUCUCGAUUUGGACUAUGACUAUGAUUGCGUUCGACCGAUACAAUGUCAUCGUGAAAGGCCUUUCAGCCAAGCCAAUGACCAACAAUGGUGCAUUGCUGCGAAUCUUCGGAAUUUGGGUUUUCUCGCUCUUCUGGACACUCGCUCCUAUGUUUGGAUGGAAUCGGUAUGUUCCAGAAGGUAACAUGACUGCCUGCGGAACGGAUUAUCUGACACAGGACUGGCUCAGUCGCUCCUAUAUUUUGGUUUAUUCUGUGUUCGUUUAUUUUUUGCCUCUGCUCACCAUUAUUUACUCGUACACCUUUAUCUUGAAGGCCGUUUCCGCACACGAGGCUCAAAUGCGAGAGCAGGCGAAAAAGAUGAACGUAGCUUCAUUGCGAUCUUCGGAGGCUCAACAAACAAGCGCUGAAAUAAAGUUGGCGAAAGUAGCUUUGGUCACUAUUUCACUGUGGUUCAUGGCCUGGACCCCAUAUUUGGUCAUCAACUUCACCGGUGUAUUUGAAGCUGCUCCGAUUAGUCCAUUGGCAACCAUUUGGGGGUCACUGUUCGCGAAGGCUAACGCCGUGUACAAUCCGAUCGUAUAUGGUAUUAGCCAUCCAAAAUAUCGCGCUGCUCUUUACCAGACAUUCCCAUCGCUCUCUUGUCAGGAAGCACCUUCCAACGAAGCCCAGUCUAUUACAUCAGGAAUUACUCAAGCUUCCGAAGAGAAGGCCUAAGCAAACACACAUUUUAUGAUGACGAACCGAUAUACAAAACGAUAGUAUAAUAAAAUAAUCAAAUUUUGAAGCAAGCAAACAUAAUGAACAUAA